AUGGUCUCUUCAUCCCCCUCCUCGUCGUCCCUUCCUGUCCCUCUUUCACAACUUCCUUCAACGUCGUCUACAACGCCCUCAACGUCGUACAACAAGUCCUCGCCGUCGUCGAACGCUGCCAACGGUCAACAACCCUCGCUGGACAACAUUCGACACGUCAACGGCGCCUUGGAACAGCCGCUCAACCUUAGCCAGAACCAGUCACAACGGUCCUCGUCGCAGCCCGUCGACGGCCAACACCGCGCGGAGAAAGGUAGGCGAUUUCAUUCGUUGUUUGAUUUUCUUGGACAUGUCACUCAGGAGCGAGCGCCCGGUCCUUUAGUCCCUGUUUCCGAACAGCCAACAACACGUGUAUCCCACAAGGAAGAAAGUGACAAUCUUCCCGAGCUCGAUAACCCUGAAGACGCGUCCAUGUCAUCAACGAUAGCACCCAACGCUGCCCCCUCAUCGUCGUCCCCGGCCAAGGCCAACGGCGUUAAGCCUGAGAGCGGUACACCACGCACGACGACCGCCACCAAGCCCAGUUUUCUCUCCAAACUUAUUCGCAUUCUCGUCCCAUGUGUGUCAACGUCAACAACGCACCCCAUCGAUAUCGAUGUACCAGCGUCAUCAGAGCCAUCGUCGAAGCAGGACAAAGAAACGGCCGCUGCACCGGUAGAGUCAAAGGAAGAGGAGGCUCCUGCAAAACCUUCGCCGCAACAGCAAGAACAACCGCAGGAAACCCCACCCCCGGCUCCGCUGGAAGUUUCGAAAUCCGAAAAUGAACCCGAGGCCAAGCAGGACGACGAAAAGCCUGCGCUCAAGGUUGACGAGGACGUUGCUGUCACCCAGGAGAUUGCUACCCCUCAUACCCCUACGCUCCUCCCUGAGGACGAAACCGGGGGGCUCACGGCUGGUGCUGUUCAGGCUCCAGGCUCAACAGGUGCCCCAGUGGCUGGAGAAAAAAUCUCUCGAGACCGUUCGGACGCCGAGGACUCUGAUCGUACGAGCUUCACUGAAGACGACGACCUUGAAGAUGCUCAUUUGGAUGAAGACGAGGAGGAGGAUAGGCUCAUUCUCAACGGAGGAGCCGGUAUCCCUAUUGGCCCUGAUGGAGUGCCUCGGCCACUGCUUCCCCCCAUCUCCCCUCAACAUGCGGGAAGGAAAUGCCUUGUUCUGGAUCUCGACGAAACGCUUGUGCAUAGUAGUUUCAAGUCAAUACAACAAGCCGACUAUGUCGUUCCCGUCGAAAUUGAGUAUCACUGGCACAACGUAUACGUAAUCAAACGUCCUGGAGUGGACAACUUCCUCAAGAAGAUGGGCGAGAUUUACGAAGUUGUUGUAUUCACUGCCAGCUUGAGCAAGUACGCUGAUCCAGUACUGGAUAAACUCGACAUUCAUCGCGUCGUUUCCCAUCGGUUGUUCCGGGAGAGUUGUUACAAUCACAAGGGGAAUUAUGUCAAGGACCUCUCACAAUUGGGACGACCGAUAAGCGACACCAUCAUCCUCGACAACUCCCCCGCCUCUUACAUCUUCCACCCCAAUAACGCUGUUCCAGUUUCUUCAUGGUUUAAUGACCCUCACGACACAGAAUUGACGGACCUUGUUCCCUUCUUGACCGACCUCGCUACCGUGGACGAUGUACGCGGAAUUUUGGACGGUGCACGGUAG